ACUAUUUAAAAAAGAAUAAAUGCUCCCCUUUCAUUGCUUCCCACCUUCCAAUCCAGUUCAUGCCUGAGUCGUUCUUCAGGUCCAAAGCGAAGGUGAUUUAUGUCAUUAGAAAUCCCAAAGAUGUUAUUGCAUCUGGCUACUUGUUCUGGAAGGGUGUAAGCUGUGCUCAGAAAGCAGAAUCAAUGGAUCAAUAUUUUGAUUGGUUCAUGACAGGAAAUGUGCCCUAUGGAUCAUGGUUUGACCAUGUCCACGGCUGGCUAUCCAUGAGAGAGCGUGACAACUUCCUGCUGCUGAGCUAUGAGGAGCUGCAAAGGGACCUGAGAAACACUGUGAAGAAGAUAAGUCAAUUCCUGGGUGUGGAAUUAGGCCAGGAAGCCAUAGAAUCAGUCCUCAAAAAUUGUUCCUUCCAAGUUAUGAAAAAUAAUAAUAUGUCCAACUAUUCCUCCCUUGAUGACAGCCUUAUUAAUUCAAAACAAUCUCCCAUGAUGAGAAAAGGUGUUACUGGGGACUGGAAAAAUCAUCUCACAGUGGCCCAAGCAGAAACCUUUGAUAAAGUAUACCAGGAGAAGAUGAAAGAUCUUCCUUCAGAGCUGUUCCCAUGGGACUAACUCCAAUAAUGUUCAGGAUCUCAUACAGAUGCGCAUCCCUGUUGUGCUUCUGACCAGGAUAAGCCUGGAGUUGUGU